UUGUGCUGUUUGGCAUGAUUCUGUCGUUUACUUGUUGGAAUGGAUGUGUUAGAUAUGUGUUAUGCGUAGAAUUUGGUUGUGUCAGUCUUCAAUCCAGUCCUUCCAUUGAACAAGCAAACACGCAGAAAACCAAAAUGACCUCCUUGUUCAAGCGAGUGGUCGACACUGUCCCGUCCAUUGACUACCAUGGCCAGAAGCUCGCUGAAGACCUCUUCACUUGGAUUCUGUCUGGCUCAGCGGUCAUUGCGUUCGCUGUUGGCUGGAUGCUUCAAGACUUUAUGAUGACCUUGUAUCUCUCUGCAGCCGCAGCCGCGUUCUGCGUUUUGUUGGUUGUUCCGCCAUGGCCAUUCUAUCGUCGCCACCCGGUAACCUUCCUGCCGCCAUUAAAAGGCGGUGAUCACGGCGCCGCUGAGGGAUUGGCUACGACCACUCCUUUGGCUUCAUCUGCACCAAGCAGUCAACCAGCAGAAGGAGCCAAACAUAAAUAGCACUGCUGCUGCUUGUCUGCGAAUGAAUUCGGAUUCCGGAGAAUAGUCGCGGCAAUUUUCUUUGAAAGCUGUGGAUGGCAAUGCGAAACGGAUUGUGUUUUGUGUGUUAUGAAUGAGAUAUUGGUGUUUAUCG